AUGGCUCCAUACAUGAAUCACUUCAAGUUCUUGCAAACCAUCUCCUUCCUAUAUGUGUUGGUGACAGUGAAGAAUGUGACUGGAUCAUCAUUAAGCCAUGAUGAAGAAUGCUCAGCCUUGUUUCAGUUUAAGCAGAGCAUAAUUCAUCAAGAUGAUGUUGCUUGUGGUGCUCAUGGAUCUCAAGUGUUUCAUUCUUGGAACAAUAGUUUUGAUUGUUGUUCAUGGGAGGGGGUGGCAUGCAGCCAUGACCAUGAUCAGUACUUUGGUCAUCAUGUGAUGGGUCUUGACUUGAGCGAGAGGUCUCUUUGUGGGCAUAUCAACUCCAGCAGCACCCUCUUCAGCCUUGUUCAUCUUCAGAGACUCAACCUUUCUGGGAACGACUUUGGUGAUUCUCAAAUCCCAUCUGAGAUUGGUCGUCUAAAGCAAUUAAGAAGCCUCGAUCUCUCUUAUUCUUGGUUUAGUGGCCAAAUCCCGAAUGAAAUCUCGCAGUUGAUUCAUUUGUCUUCUUUAGACCUGUCAGGGAAUUCACUAAAGCUUCACAGUCCUAGCCUCAAGAACCUGGUGCAAUACUUAACAGGACUCAAAGAACUUCAUCUCUCAGGGGUUGACAUUAGUUCUUCUGUACCUCAUUUCUUGGCCAACUUUUCUUCUUUGAAGUCACUCAAGCUACGAGAUUGUUCUCUUAAGAAUAAAUUCCCUGCAGCCAUACUAGAGCUACCAGAGUUAAAAGUUCUUGAUUUGGCAUUCAAUACCGACCUCACUGGUUCUCUUCCUAUAUUUCGUAACAUCAGCUUACUUGAAGAAGUGAUACUAGAUUUCACAGAUUUCAUUGGGAUUGUACCAGAAUCCCUAAGCCACCUUAACCAUCUGACUGUCUUGUCCCUUAAUGAUUGCUAUUUCUCGGGGCGCAUUCCACGUUCACUCUCUAACAUGACGCAACUCACUUACUUGGGUCUUGGUGAAAAUCACUUCACAGGUUCAGUUCCUUCCUUGGUAAGUCUUUUGAAUCUCGAUGGUUUGGUACUUGAUGGAAACAAAUUCGAGAAAGGACACUUUCCCAAUUGGCUUGGAAAGCUGACUAAACUAAGUGAGCUUGAUCUGUCUGAUAUGAACAUAAACGGCGAAAUCCCACUCUUUCUAUCCAACCUAACCAAACUUAGUGAGGUAGGAAUGCCAAGAAAUUCUCUUACCGGUGGUAUACCAUCCUGGUUGUUCAACCUCACCCAACUAACAUAUUUAAAUCUUCUGAUGAAUCAAUUGCAAGGACCAAUUCCAAACACAUUUUCCAGCCUCAAAAGUCUUGAGUAUCUUCACCUAGGGUCAAACAAUUUCAGUGGUAGGGUAGAGCUCGACAUGUUCCUAGGACUCAACAAACUUCAAACAUUAGGCUUAGGUUAUAACAGGAUAUCAUUAGUAACCACCAACAACUACACCAAUACCACUUUACCAGAAUUGCAUAAGUUAGGACUAUCAUCAUGCAACUUGAAGGAAUUUCCUGCCUUUUUGCACUUCCAAAAUAAAUUGAGAUUCCUACUUCUUGACGUCAACAAAAUUGAUGGGCUGGUACCGGUGUGGAUCUGGAACAACAGCCGGGAAACAUUAGAGCUGAUUAACCUUUCACACAACUCCAUCACUGGCUUUGAUCAGCAACCUCAUUUUCUCCCAUGGAGAAUUUUAGAAGUAUUUUUUAUUGCCAACAAUCAGCUACGAGGACAACUACCAAUUCCACCACAAUCCACAGUUGAUUAUCUAGUCUCACAUAAUAAUCUGACAGGAGAAAUACCACCAUCGAUAUGUGAAUUGAAAUCUCUUCAAUACUUAGAUUUAUCUUUUAACAACAUGAGCGGAACACUUCCUUCAUGUUUGGGCAUCUUAAGCAAUUCGUUAGUAUAUUUAGAUCUGAGACGAAAUAAUUUCCAAGGCAAAAUGAUGAAUGGUUUUAUGCCUGGAAGCUUGCUGGAAAACCUUGAUUUGAGUGAAAAUAGAUUUACGAGUCAGCUGCCAAGAUCAUUGAGACAUUGUACCAAUUUAGAGUUUCUUUCUCUUGGAGAUAACUCUUUUCAUGACGUCUUUCCUUCUUGGCUGGGAACUCUAUCCAACCUUCAGGUUUUGGUUCUGCGGUCCAACAAAUUUUAUGGUUCAAUUCAAGGUUCCUCACAGUUCCCUAAGUUGCGGAUCAUAGACCUCUCUAACAACAAUUUCAGUGGUCAGUUGCACCAAAACCACUUCCAAACAUGGCAUGCCAUGAGCUCCAACCAUCUUGGUGUUUCAUCUGUUAUGGAAUCAAAUAUAUCCUCUAAAAAUGUCAAUACACAUUGGCCUUACACCGUGACAUUAACACACAAAGGUGUCAGAACAGAGAGAAAUCCCAGCAUCACUCCAACAUCUUCAAGGGCUUCAAUCGCUCAAUCUUUCCAACAAUCAUUUUACUGGACGUAUCUUGCCAUCUUUAGGAACCUAACAAAUCUUGAAGCUUUGGAUCUCUCUCGAAACGAACUAUCCGGGGAAAUUCCUCAAAAGUUGGUGCAACUCGGCUUCCUUUCCAUCUUCAAUGUGUCAUUCAACCAUCUUCAGGGGCGUAUCCCACAAGGAAAACAGUUUGAUACAUUCGAUAACAGCUCUUACAUAGGGAAUCCCCGACUGUAUGGACGACCUUUAUCCAAGGAAGGUCAAGAUUUAAAGGUUCCAGGAGUUCAACCAACAAGCAAUGUGUCCGAGUCUCUCUUCCCGAGUGAAAGAAUUGAUUGGAUCUUUGUAUUCUGUGGAGUUGGAAGCGGUCUGGUUGUUGGGGUUGUUAUUGGAAACUUUCUAUAUGAAAGGUAUAGUUAUCGGUUCACAAAGAGGAAGGACAGAUGGGUAAGGCCACUUCGUAACACGAGGAGAAACUAA